AGGGUUCAUUUAAGCAGGACCACAAAGAAAAACUUGAUUUCCCCCUCUUCAGCUCUUAUAUAGCUCCCAGGAUGUGCAGAAGGGCUCCAUUAGAGAUACCAUAGACACUGAAGAUGUUUGGGACACUUCCCGAAUCAAAAAUGGGCUUGCUCAGGCAGAGAAAACUGCUUUCCUCACCCCCAGGGGAGGAGAUAAAAUCCUCCCACAAGAGAAAAUGCCUUUCAGGGCACUGAUGAGGGAGGGGCCAGGGUUGGGCACAGACAAAAACCUUCCCAGCCUUUCCUUGUAACAUUCAGGGUGUAAGUCACAUGUUUUGCCCCUACAUUCUCAUGUCUCCCUUGCAGUCUUAACUUGUUCAUCCCUCUCCUCUCUCAUUCCUCACUUCUAUUUUUUAAAUUUUUUUAAAUUGUUUAUUUUUGAGAGAGACAAAGUGUGCAAACGGGUAGAGUUCAGAGAGAGGGAGACACAGAAUCUGAAGCAGGCUCCAGGCUGUCAACACAGAGCCAGUUGUGGGGCACAAAUUCAUGAACCUGGAGAUCGUGACCUGAGCCAAAGCCCAACGCUUAACUGACUGAGGCACCCAGGCGCCCCUCAGUCCUCACUUUUUGACAUACCUGCCCUGCUCUGUCUUGGUUUCACUUGUCCUGACCUCAGCUGAACCCUCUUUUGCCCCUCUUUUUUUUUUUUUUUUCUUUUUUGAGAGAGAGAGGGAGACACAGAAUCUGAAGCAGGCUCUAGGCUCCCCAGCUGAUGCGGGGCCCGAACUCAGGAGCCAGGAGAUAGAUCAUGACCUGAGCCGAAGUGGGACGCUUGGUUUAACUGACUGAGCCACCCAGGUGCGCCCCCUCCCCCUCUUUCAAAAGCUAACCUGAACACCGCCUCACCUGUUGGCUUACGGGUCUCCUUCGCACCCUCAAUAGGGGCUCAUUUAUCCUCCAGUCUCAAUUCUCCUAUGCCCUGUCACUUGUGUGGCCUCUACCGCUCUGCUUUCAUCUGCUUGAUGAAACUUGACGCACACCCGCCCCGCCCCCUCAGUCUCAUUUUCCUCCCAGAUGCCCGUGGGCUCUCCAGGAGGCGAGACCUCGCUGGAGGUGGGGGAAAGGGGAACUUCAGUCCAACCAGAAAGGACCCAGGAGUUUUGAUGCGGAAAGGGCGGUAUCCUCUUGUAGAAGGUGCCAAUAAAGAGCCGAGAUAGAAGAGGGUCAGCUGAACCAAUGAGACGAGGACAUAGGAUGGGCGGGUGAUCUGGAAAGCAGGAUCAAUGAAGAUGAGGGCGGGUCUGGUAACGGGAAUAAGCCAAUGAGGCUCUGUAGAGCCAUCAAGAGACUGAGCCAGCCGCCUGUUCCCGACUAAAUCUGGAAAUCCCAAGGCCGCGGUCUUAGAUUCACUGUUCGGGAGCGGACGAGGAAAGCCCCGGCUCCGGCCAGCCCCUCGCUUGUCCCAGCCCCACCCAAGAGGCCCGGAAGCGGAAGUGAGGGACACGGAAGUGGCCUGCUGUUGCCGAGGGGACGGACCAGGCAGAUGCCAACAUGGCAGCGGUUGGGUCUGGCGGUUCCACCGCGGCGGCAGGACCUGGGGCGGUCUCCGCGGGGGCGUUGGAGCCUGGGACAGCGAGUGCGGCUCACCGGCGCCUCAAAUACAUAUCCCUAGCUGUGCUGGUGGUCCAGAAUGCCUCCCUCAUCCUCAGCAUCCGUUAUGCCCGCACACUGCCUGGGGACCGCUUCUUUGCCACCACUGCUGUGGUCAUGGCCGAAGUGCUCAAAGGUCUCACCUGCCUGCUGCUGCUCUUCGCACAAAAGAGGGGUAACGUGAAGCACCUGGCUCUCUUCCUCCACGAGGCUGUCCUGGUGCAGUAUGUGGACACACUCAAGCUCGCAGUGCCGUCUCUCAUCUACACCUUGCAGAAUAACCUCCAGUAUGUUGCCAUCUCCAACCUGCCAGCUGCCACUUUCCAGCCUUCCCCGAGGUGCAGCCAAAGCCAUAGCUUCCACCUCUGCCUCCACUUCCACCUCCGGGCCCUGCACUCACCAGCAGCCUCCAGGGCAGCCGCCGCCACCGAAGCUGUCUUCCCAUCGUGGAGACCUCAGCACGGAGCCCUUUCUGCCAAAGUUGCUCACCAAGGUGAAGGGUUCGUAGCUGCUGGGAUUGAAGACGCUGGCCUCGUUCUCCCUUCUUGCCCUGGCCCAGCCAGGAACAAACUCUGAUCAGUAUUAGCGGUGGGGGGAGGUAGACACUGAACCCUCCAUGGCCCCACCCCCUACCCCCACGCAAGGCUAACACGGCCAAACUCUGGUAAUGAGGGCACGGAAGGAACCCACCCCUGCCUCCGGCCCCAUCCCCACCCCCCUAUCCCUGCCACUCCCGCACUUUCUUAGGUGAGUUUUUACAAAUAAAAUGUGUUUUGCAUCUUGCCA